CUAACACCAGUUCCCCUCGCAGCCCACCCGGCCGACAUCUUCUCCCUCGCACCCACCCCCUCAAGCCUCAUCUCCUCCUCAGGCUCCUCCUCCCUCCGCAUCCACGACACCACCGCCCCAACCUACCCCCUCGCCCAAACCAUCCCCAACGCCCACAAACUCGGCUGCCACCACCUCACCACCGCCCGCGGCCCCCAAACAGGCAACAUCUUUGCCUCGGUCGGCUUCGGCGGCGAUGUCAAGAUCUGGCGGUUGAACCCCGAUAGAAAAGAAUACGAACUCCAAUGGGAGAUCCCAACCGUUUCCGACAACGGCAAGGGGGACGUCUGGGCGAUUGCGCUGAGCGCUGACGAGAACUUUUUGGCGUGCACCACUAGUGAUGGGAGAAUCCACGUCUGGGACUUGACAGCGAAGGAGAAGAUACAGACGUACGAGACCGGGGGUGGGAGAGGAGCUGCCGGGGGAGGGGGCAGUUUUGCGAUGGCGGUGGAUUUGAGUAGGGAUGGGAGAUUGACGGCGUCGGGGCAUGAGAAUGGGGGGGUAGGGAUAGGUCUCGCCAAACCGGUACGAACCGUAGCCUUCUCACCCGGCUGCAAGAGGCUGGCUGCUGCCGGCAACGCCGGUAUCAUCGCUCUCUAUGACAUGGAGCAUGGAGAGCACGUCGCGAACUUGAGCGCGCCGGGCAACAGGCCGUCGUGGAUCACAUCACUCGACUGGAACGAUACGGGAGACUACCUCCUCAGUGGGCAGCUGGAUGGCAAGGUCAAGGUCUGGGAUGUCGCAAGGGGCGCUUGUGUGGCUACGCACAGCGAGACGGACAAGGCUUUGUGGUGUGUACGCUGGUUGCCACCGACCGAACGUGCGCUUGGGCCUGGGAUGGGUAAAGGAGAGAGGUUUUGCGCGGCGGGUGCUAGUCGGAGUUUGAGUUUCUAUCGGGAGGCUACGGGUAUUUAA